UUAACCCAGAGAUCCAGACGCCAUUGCUGGGCUGCAGGGAUUGAUAUUUCAUUUUGGGCGCUGAUCACGUCUCCGCCGCCUCCUCGCGCUGGCUCGGCUUGGUUCUCCCCCUCACCCCUUCUCCCCCUCCCUUCCGUUCCGGUCCAUUGCCUCAUCGCGCUAAAUCUGGCCGAUUUCCACAAGUUCUCCCCCCUACGUGAAACCUUUCUCCAUGUCCGGUCUCGCCCCUGCCUACCUAACUGGUGGUUUUAAUAGGCUGCUCGGUCGCGCCCCGCCACUCGAGUGCAGCGCUUUUGCUGUGAACCAGGUCUUUCCUUAUAUCCUGUAGCCAGUUUGACGCCGGACUGCAUCUGAGCGAGACGCUACGCUGUUGUCUCUUUUUGAGUUUCGUGUCCGAGUGAAAGAGCCGGUUUAGCCUUGUGGUAGAGAGCGAUGGUUCAAACACGAGUUUUAGAGGUGAUGGCUUAGGGUAAGUGCUGUGCAGUGGUGGCGUGAUGUAGAGGAUCCAGCCGGUGGAGCAGAUUGCAGUUACGUCCAUUGUGACGGUGAUGGCUUGUUUGUGAUCCAGUAAGAGAGGGAGACAGUAAGGAGAUGGAUACUUGAGAUGGCUCUUCCGCACCGGAGAUGUGGGGUGAUACUGUAGGAUGACGUUUCUUAGACGUCGCACGUUCUGGCUGCUAGGUGGGUAUGGCUAUUUUAAUUGACCUCGGUAAGGAGCGGAGAUUGCAGGAUCGAUGCGCUGCGGAAUGGGCUGAGGGCUUUGAUCAGUCUCAGUCGUGCUUCUGAGAAUUCUGCGUAAAGGACGAAUGCAACGUCCCGGCGAGCAGUGGAUCUUUCUUAGGACAGCAGGUGCACGAUAGCGAGUAGGGGUAACUUAGGGAUGAUUGGAUGGGACGGACAAUGCAGAUUUCGAGUCCUGUCAGGGCUUUGGGACGUAACCAGAACCAUGUUAUUGACACUUCUAUGAGCUCCCAAACUUCUGCCCGCAGGCGUGCUUCGACCCCUUCUCACGAAGAGUACUCCAUCUUCAAUCCUGUUAUGUGCCCUGCUGUCGUAUGUUGGGUGAAAGAUCCCGAUCCCCCGCAGCAUGGUCUGGAGAGUAUCCAAAUCGCUGCGCCCAUUAGCAAGGAAAUGAGUUGCCGAAGCUUACAAGGGGAGGGUGAUUUCCACGACGCGGACACGGACUUCCGUGAAGUGGAGUCUCCCGUUGCGCAGCUGUGGAAGGAGAUUCAUACCGACAUUUCUACGCACACCCCCGAAUUCGAGCAAAUGCACCCUCACCCGUUACGACCAAUGAGCCCCAACACAUUCCUGGAGCGUAACAACUUCCUCACACCUGAGCGAACUCCCAACCCCAGCGGCCAGCUGAAUCGGCAACAAGUGCUUGAACAGAGCAACCGAAACGCUUACUCCAACGGUGCAGGUUCGAAGAGCCCGCGUCGCAACAUUUUCCCUCCUAGUAGCCCUGAUAACAAUUGUUUUUCCCGAGAUCACAACAACGCCGCAAGCGUGACAAACUCCCCUCAACAUCCCAGUAUGUGGAACGCCAGCCCAGCUCCCCAUCGAACGACUCCAAUGGAUAACUGUGCCUCCAAUGUUACGCCCCUGAACAUCCCGAAGCCUUCCUUGCAAAAACAUUUCGGAUGGUUAACUCCAUCGAGGGCUGGACCAUUGGUAGAACCUACCAGCCCUGAUUUCGCGAGAGAGACGCAACAGCAGCGUGACCCGCGUUUGAUGACAUCACCCUCCAGUAACAAAUUGGGAUAUGAGCGAAAUGAAAUUACGUUGACGAAACCAUCGCCUGCUUCCAAGGAGAAAUCUGACAAACCGGACAAACUCCCUGGAAGAGGAUGGAAGAACCUCUCUCGGUCGAUUUCACCCAUGUUCACAGGCCGCAAGACUGAAAGCACAAGCACACUCAAAACCAUCACCAGGGACCUCGGUGUGUCUUUCCAAGGGAGCCGGCGACGAGGACAUGCAGCCAAGCCCGCUACUUCUUUGCCGAAUUGGAGCGGAGAAGGCUCUAUGAUCUCCCCAGAGCUAGAGAAAGAGGGAUUCGGAGGUUCCCAAAUUGGAUACUCCUCCGAGCUGACAAGAUCUGGAAGCGUGAAGAGCACGAAGUCGGGAGCAAGCGGUGUGUUGAGUUUCUUGAACUGGGGAAAGAAAAAGGGCAAUGGCACCAAGAUCAACGAUCUCUUCCAAGUCGUCGACCAGGGGAGUGUGAAACUGGAUACGAACUCCUUCAAGGUGAUGGAGUAUACAAUCAAGACCCUGCAUUACAAGCUGGAGCAAGCGAAGAAGAACGAACAGACAACCGCGGAGGAGUUCAAAGCAUUGCAGGCCGCCAUGGACGCAGCCGAAGGGAAGUGCCAGCAAUGGCAGCAGCGCUGCCAGGAACUCGAAUCGCAGCUUGGAGUCCGUCAAACUGAAGCGAAAGACAUUGAACUUGACUAUGAGAUCGCCAAGCUCCAACGUGAGAACACGGGGUCGGGUUCGCCCAAGCACAAACCGCACCGCUUUACCACCUUGGAAGUCACACCCUCCAUGUUCCAGAAGCAUUUCGAGGAUUCCAAGCUGUGCGUGAAGAAGCUGGCGUCGGCGCUGUGCAUCCAUAUCCGAGAGUCAGGCGAAUCCGCUACGCAAGUGGUCAUAUCCCUCCUAGAGCAGCAGCGGAACUCCCCGCGCGAGAUCAGUAAAAUGCCGCGCAACGUCAUCGUCCUCUAUUUUGAGGCCUUCCUGAACCAGAUCUUGUACGAGAAUUUUGAGAAUGUGAGCUUUGAGCCCAACGGCGCCACUGACAUCUAUGACCUUGACGCCCUCCGCUCCUCGUGCUGCAAGGCAUACAACGAGCUCAAGAAGCAAGAUUGGCCUACCAUCGAGAGAUCCCUCGGCAAGUCAGGAUCCACCAUCGUCAAUCCCACCUUCCACCGCUUCUUCGUCAUCCGCAUGGAACUCAUCCUGUCCCAGCUCACCAAGGUCACCGACAAGGAGACCUCCCUCAGCCUCCUGGCCACGUUCUUCAACGCCUUCAAAUCGGUGUGGCUCCUGCACCACCUCGCCUUCGCCAACGAGAAUUCCGUUACCAUCUUCCGUGCUCCCUCUACCUCUGACUUCGACCCCCGCUUCAUGGAGCAGGUGACUACCUAUGAGGAGGACCCCAGCCGCUCCAAGAUCAGCGUGAUGGUGAACCCAGGCUUCAUUGUAAAUCGGCACACCAUUAAGUGCCAAGUGUUCUGCAGCAGUAAAUACCAGUAGUGCAUGCCGCUUCCACCUGAACCAUUCUUUGAGGAUGCAGCGUCCCACUGAGCAGUCGACUUGCCUCCAGUAGCAACUUAGUGUACUCCAAAGGCGGAUGAAUUUGCAGCUUGCUUGGCAGCAAAUCAACCAGCUGAACUUGUUGUGCAACCUACCACAGUCUGAGGGUCCUCAAUAGCAGACUGUUGCGAGCCGCGGGACGCGAAUGGUCGUCCCGUUGGGCGGGUUAUUGUUAGUAUUGUUCUUCCCACAGAAAUUGCUUAGUAACAUACUCUAGAUCAAUAAGCAUCCAUGUCUUGCGGCCAUUGCUUCAUGCCGUUCGUGAUGCUCCGAAGCUUUUGAGCUGCGUUGUAAUCCCUUCACGACACUGUUAACAUGAGCUUACGAAUCGCUCUAGA